AUGGCAGCAGUGCUCCAGCACAACGAGACUUAUCAACUGCGGAUUUAUGCCGGUAAUUCCCAAGUUCACAACCAGGUCGUCUCCUUCGACGACACCCAAGCGGCUUAUGUCCUCCCAAGUCCCACCCCAGCCCCAAGGCCGCUUUACUUCCGCCCAGCUCCUCCCUCGCCAUGCUCUCCGAAUCCCUACACAACCCUCGUCGUGGUCCAAUCCCCAUCCUCGCCCCCUCCAACAAAUCCCCAGCUCCUGGCCCUCCAGGGACCAGCAGGGAAAGCCGAGUACCGCAUCGUAGCUCUCGAUGACCCCACGCCGCAGGGCAUCGGGGCGUCGAUCUUGUACGAUGAGUGGCGCGUUGUCGAGAACGGGGGCAGGAUAUUGCUGAGGUAUGGGGAGGACCCGAGCGGGUUAAACCAUUGGAUCCUGGCGAAGAGGUCUUGGGGGUGGAUUUUAUGGUGGUAUGAGCCAACGGCGGCAAAUAUGGAGGAUCUAGGGGAGUAUGUUAUGGUUGAUGUCGAGGUUGAAGCGCGCGGUGCCUACUCGUCAGAGCCAACUACGACCCGCCCGAAAGACGCUGCCAUUGUCUCCUAG